UGGAGUUAUCACACGAUAUGAGUAACCACAAAAACUUUCCUGCAACGAUUUACCUUGCGCACCUGUCAAACAACUCAACCUUACUCGAGUUUCACAUUACGACAAAUCUGAAAAACACUUCCUUCUUGCACUGAGCCAAUUCCACGUUUUUACUAUUUUAAUCUUAUGGAGCAGCAUGCAGCCUAGACGUCGGGUGAAUGAAUAGAACUUGACCUUAUGAUAAUGAGAUUUGGCACCAACUUGUUUUAUGGAAUAUAAUUGUAAAUCUUGAAACUGAAAAGUAAAUAGUCACUUUGCAGGAAGACACACUGGCCAAUAAUUGCACACACAACACAGCCCAGACAGGAAUAUCAUACAGAUAGAGACAGGUGAGAAACAGUGAUGUCCGUGCACCUAAAUCCAGAUGAAGACAGAGCCGGAGGGCCUUCUAAAACCAGUGGGUCUACCGCUGCAGGACCUCAAACACCUGGAACGGAACAACAGGGCCUAGAGCACAGGGGGAUGGAAAAAGAGCAGGGGGAAGAGGAUGAGAAGCAAGAGGCGAAAAGGGAAACCAGCUCCGCUGCCUUGGAGCCUAGCACUUUGCUGUGGCUGGGAGACAGAGAGGGGGAGAAAGGAGGUGUGGUGUCUGAGAGCGAGGGAGCUGAAGGGGAUGAGGAGGAGGAGGAGGAGGAGAGGGUGGCAGAGAGGAUAGGAGGGAGUACAGAGCUUUUGGAGGGACAGGAGAGCCAGCCAGAGAGUGAGCGAAAGGCAAAAUGGAGAGAGAGCAUGCCAGAGGGAGAGAGAUGGAGAGAUGAUGAGUUGGAGGGAGGCCAACGUGAGGAAAUGGAUGGUUCGCUUGCAGAUGAUGAGGAAGAGGGGGAGGAAGGCCCAGUGAAUUGGAUGCCAGAGAAGGUUGCGCAGGUCUUCACUCCGACAGUGAUAGUGCGUCCAUCUAGCAAACGGGAGGAGUUCCCACUUGAAAAUAGCAGGUAUGGAGAGAUGGAUACUGAGAAGAGACCUUUCUUAGAGCCCCAGACACCAACAGCCCCACCAGUACUCUACUACCCACAGUGGACAGAGGAGCCGGACAACUACACACAUAUGUGUGGUGGUAGUUGUGGGGAUGUUCUGAAACUUGGCCUGGGCAUUGGUGCUGCAGCUGUUCUCUUCCCUCUACUUGUGUGGGGCGGAUAUGCCCUUUUGCCCUUUGAUGCCCCACCCCUGGACAGCGCCCCUCUCAGGCUGGUGUACACACUGCGCUGCUCCUUCUUUGCUGUCAUACCCAUUAUGCUAGGUGUGCUGGUGCAGGGGUUGGCGCGGCUACGCUACGGCGCCCUAACGCCCCUCUACGAGGCCAAGGUGGGGGAGGAGAGCCGGGAGGUGGCAGUCCACCGGCACUACGUGGGCGACUCGCUCUCCCUCUUCCUACUCUACUUCCUGCAGCUGGCCGUCAUGGCCACCUACAUCAGCCAGGACCUGCUCAAGAUGGUGCCCCUGCUCACCAUCGUCUUUGCCUUCGGCAGGCUGAUCUACUGGGUGUGUGUGACCCUAGGCAGCAGCGUGAGGGGUUUGGGCUUCGGCCUCUCCUUCCUGCCCAUACUGGUCAUGUUGGGCGCCAACCUCUACUUUGUGUGCUCGUCAGUCAGUGAAGGGGCUGUCUUUGAUGUGGCCCCGCCCACCACCACCCCACCUCCCAGGCAGAGUUGGUGGGGCUAGGAGGAAGAGGAGUAGAUGCGUCCAAUCCUGAAGAUUAAAUGGACCCCCAGUCCCUAGACACUUAAACCUGAAAGGAUUAGAUAUUACCAUGUAACUUAUACCUACAGUAUCAUAUGUACACUUUGCCUUCUGAUAGAUCAGAGGCACGUUCCUUAGGCAAACGUUGUGCAACCUUGCAGAUAGCAUGUAGCGUAAGGAAUACAUUUCUGAGAUGCAAGUCUGUUAUCAACAAUAUAACACACAAGUUCCUCAGUGUUUUGCCCUACUGAAUAAUUUGAGUGAAUGGUUCAAUUGGCACCCACUCAUUGUCAUGAUGUUUGUUUGGAAGGAGUAAGGGAGAAGAAUCAAGUUCUUGGAUUUCAUGUCCUUCAUCUGGAACAUAUUGGAUCACAUUGAACAAUGGUUUAUGGAGAGCUGGACAAUUCAUUAAGAUGACGUGGGGCUAGUAACAGUUAGCCACCCCAAUGAAGUUACCUGUAGUAGAAUGAUUGUGAUAUAAAGUGUCUUAUGCCGUACAUAAGCCAAAGAGGAAUGGACCAUCCAUAAAAUAAGACAUGUAAGGCCUGGGUUGUGUUCAUUAGGCACAAAACGUUAAAAAAAGAUUUUUUUAAUGUAGCAAAGGAAAAUGAGCGUUUAAAAAAAUAAUUAUUGGACAAUCCAGGUUGUUCUUCCCCGUCUGUUUUCCUCCGUUUGUGGCCUAAAACACAACUUUGUGCAGUAUAUCCUUACUAACUAGAAUUGUGUUUUAUUCUAAUCUCAUGGCUUUGGUGAAGGAUGGUCCAGAGCUUCACUGGAAGGUUUCAUAAUGAGCUAUGACGACAUGACUAGUCGGCACUAUACAGUACAUCCUGAAGGGGGUGGUCUUCCCCAAGUUAUUAAAAUGUAUGAAGACUUAAGUGCCAACAUUGAAGUAUGAACCUAGGGCGGAGUUGACUUUUUUGAAUGCGUAUAACAUAAAAUCCAUGUGGAUAUUUUAUUAUUUCUUCAACUGUGCCAUGUUUACAUGUAUUUCCUUUCUACAAUAGUACAGCAUUUACUACCACAAUGAAUGGGAAUGAAGAAUAUGUUAAUUGAUAGCUAUUUAAGAAUGUGUUAUGUUAAUUAUGUCUGUACAGUACCAUAACCAAUGCACAUACAUUGUCCUGUUUGUAUAUGGAAGACAGCUCAUAAUUGUUGUAUUUCUUUUGGGCAUUAUCUUUCAAUGUUUACACUAUCUUAAUGGAAUGAUGUGAUUCACAUAAUAAAGUAGCUACUAAUCUUG